GAUUGGGAAAGAAGACUGCUCUUGUGAUUAGAUGAGCAGCCCCGCGUUCUGUGAUUGGCCCUGGUUCUAGCAUAGACGCUAAAACACACUAAAAGUAGGCGACUCCACUCGUUACCCCGCAUUCCAGGGACCAGCGUAAACUCACGUGAGGGAAAUCUGAUCAUCGUGUGUGACCAAGGAAGUCAGAUCCCUCGCACACUCUUCCUCCUCCGUCUCCAAUCUACAUCAAAAGCAUCACUUCCACGUCUCUAAACACUCGAUAUCAAUUCCUCACAGCUUCGCAGCAAUCAUUCAGUCGCAAUCAUGGCAACAACCGAGUCCAACCCCAUCAUCAAGGUGUUAAUCACAAUGCAUCCUGGCAUGGACACCAUGGAUUUUGUUGUCCCCCUCGAGAUCUUGUCCCAGGCCAGACACAACCCCGCUGAUGAUACUACCAAAGUCUUCCAGAUUGCCUUCUGCGCCGAGAAGGAGCACACUGUCUCGACUCAGGGUGCCAGCUUCCGUGCUCACAUGGAGUACGACGAAGCCCAUUCCCGCCUUGACGAAUUCGACAUCCUCAUCGUUCCUGGCGGCAGAGCCACCGAACUCCUCUGGGACAACGAAGCUGCUGAGAAGAAGCACGAACCUCUCAUCGAACCUCUCGCCCUCAUCAAGGCAUACUCUGAUAUCCAAGUCAAAGACCCAAAGAAGGAACGUACCCUCUUUGCCGUCUGCACCGGCUCGAUGUUCCUUGCUCAGCAGGGCAUCCUCAAUGGCUUGUCCGCCACCACACACCCCGACUUCUACACACAAUUUGAGAACGUCUGCAAGGAGAGUGCUCAGAAGGGUCUCUCGGAGCGUUGUGAUCUUAUGGAGGAGAGAUAUGUCGUCAAUAACUUGAGAUAUGAUCUAGGCAAUUUGGACGAGAACCCAUACGUUCGUCGUAAGGCAGAUGCUAGACGUCCCUCCGUCAUGGCACGAAAGGGUAGUAACGCAUGGAAGGAGAGUAAUACCCGCCGCGAGAGUAUUGCUCGUCGUGCUGAGAUCAAGCUCGGUGGCUUGAGAGUGAUUACCACGGGUGGGAUCACUUGUGCCAUGGAUGCAAGCUUGUAUCUGGUGAGUAUCAUGGCUAACGAAGAGUGUGCUAUUGAGAUCGCAAAGGCCAUGCAGUAUGAGUGGAAGAAGGGAAUUGUUGUUGAUGGCAUUGAUAUUUGAGGCGUCUGGCGUUGGUAAAAGGGUAUUGUGCAUUUGCAUAGAAUACUGCCAUUACUGCUAGAUGGAUAGCUUGGUAUGGAUUUGGGAGGAUAAGUAACUGGGUCAUGGAUGGAGCUAGAUAGCUGCUGUCUUUUCUGCAAUCUCAUCUCUGCUUUGGAGCAUGGAAACAGCUACGGUGCAAUAUCUCCUGUCUGUGUGAUGUGAUUUCGAUGCUUUGUAAAGCUGGCUCGAAUACCACUUCCUGACUUCUGAGUGAAGGACUUCGAGUCGAACAAUGGGACUGCACAAAAAAGUAGGACUCAACAUCCCAAUGUUAAUUCGAAGUCAGGAC